AUGGAGAAGGCAUCUCCGCCGCCCCAGCCCCAGCUCCAGCUGUCGAUAACGAAGACCGAAAGUCCGGCGGAGGACAUCUCCGGGCUGAGCGACGAGGAGCUGCUCAAGUGGACCAAGGAGGAGCUGGUGCGCCGGCUGAGGCGGUCCGAAGCCGACAAGAUGAGCGUGAUUCUGGACCACGGGAAUCUCAUCCGGGAGGUCAAUCGCAGCCUCCAGCUGCACUUGAACGAGAUCAGGGGGCUGAAGGACAUUAACCAGAAGCUGCAGGAGGACAAUCGUGAGCUGCGGGACUUGUGCUGCUUCCUGGACGACGAUCGUCAGAAAGGGAAGCGUGUUUCCAGAGAGUGGCAGCGUCUGGGACGUUACAGUGCCAGCAUUAUGCGCAAAGAGGUGACCCUCUACCUCCAGAAGCUCAAGGAGCUGGAGCUUCGGCAGGAGGAGGUGAUCCGUGAGAACCUGGAGCUGAAGGAGCUCUGCCUGUUGCUGGAUGAGGAGAAGGGGGUGGUGGGGGGAGGAGGUGGCGGCGGGGGAAGUGGAGGCACAGGGGUCGUAGGGAUGGGAGGGUGCCGUAACUCCAUAGACAGCCAGAAUAGUCUGCUGCUGGUGCCCGGGCAGGGGCUGCUCAUGAGAGACGUGGGGGACGGGAGCAGCACCUCCAGUGCAGGCAGUGCCGACAGCUCCGAUCAUCCCCACUUGAAGCAGCCUCACCUGGCUGCCGGAGUGGGUGGGGUCAGCAGCGGCGGGGAGAAAGGCAGCCCUGAGCUUGUGCAUAAACCCAGGUGUAGCAGCAUCAGUGGAAUAGGAGGAGGAAGUGGAGGAGACAGGGAUGUGUCCAGUCCUGACCACCCAGCUGGGCGCCACCGGAGCACCAGCCUAGAGUAUCCGUACACCCUCCCUCAGCUCUGCCGGCCCCGCUGUGGCUCCAUAUCUGUGCCUGACCACAGUCGAGUCAUGCGGGGCCUUAGCCCAGAGAAAUACGGGAGGAAUGUGGGCCGUCGUAGUCCGGAGCAGCACCCCAAGCACCACAGCUCGGACCUCCUCCUGGGCCAGAGGCAGCACUUCCUGGGUCAGGGAGGCAGUGGGGAGCUCUUUCAGAGGCACCACCGGAGCAGCAUUAGUGGUACAGGCUGUGGGAGUCCUGAACCCCGGCAGGCACAUCUGGGGACCGGUGAGCACCACGAAAAGAGCUGCAUGGUCCAGGGGGGAAGCCCCGAAACUCACAGGCACCAGUACAGUAUGAGCCCUGACCAUGUGAAGUUUGGCAGCCCUGUGAGAGAGGGGCAGAGGAGGCCGGCUGGAGAUGAGCUGUCACCACAUCACCGGAGCAUCUAUAACGGCAUGAAUGCUUUGAUAUCGGCCGGCUGCUGCACCAACAACUGUCGAAAUGUCAAGCUAUGGGACAGCUUUGAUGCUUCCUCUUGACCCCAACUGUGCCGCCCACGCCUCUCCAAGGGAGGAGGGGUUGCAGUGGGAACGGCCUCCUGCGUCUCUGGCCUUGGCAGACAUGGGGACCCCUGGAAGCCAGCUUCCACGACCCCAGACGGUCUGUAGUCCGCGGCCUCAUCCAUGUCCACAACCCUUUAAACAGCCUGCCUCCAUGUUUUUGUUUCGACAUAUCGAGAGUUUGAGCGGACAGGGGUGGAGAUUAUUUUGGGAGACGCUGGUCAGUAAAACUCUGGAUGUGAGUGGAUGUGUGUCCCUGCCAACUGUGACAUGGCUACCUCCUGGAGACACAGGGAGGGACGCUGUGGAGUGGGGAUGAAGAAACGAAGAGGACAUUGCACUGUGUGUGCUGCUACCCUCUGUUUACAAACGUAGGUCACUGGUGGAGAAGCACAUAAAACUUUCUACACCCCCUGCCAUUCGAAAUCAUAAUCAUUUUCCUACGCUCUUGCCUCUUCUUCCUAUCUCUCUCCGGGAUUUUCUCCUCUUUCCUUCGUCAUUAGAGAUCUAUCAUCAAAUUGUGUAACGAGACUGGUGUAAUCUAACAUUCUGUCUCCAAAAAUCCACAUGAUUACAUGAGCGUCUCCUCCACCUUCCUCGUACAAAGAUCCACAACUUUUAACAGCCAUUUCAACUGAAAACAAAAACAUAUUUGUCAAAGAUGUUCUAGCAAAGAAAAAAAAACAAAAAAACAACCUCUUCCUGUGUCUUAAACCGAGAUGGUCAACAUUACUAGCUGCUGACAGAUGUUCUAGUUCUAUGAGAUGCAAUGUUCAGGUGUAAUUUUUCUUUUUUGUAUUAUCUUCUUUGCUCCCUUAAAGCGCCUAUAUUGAAGCUGGGGAGAAGAUUAUACAUUUCUCCAUGUUGUUUUCUACAAGGAAGUAAAGUCCAAGUAAAAAGUAGAUUAUUGGAUUAGUUUUCUAUAUAUCUAUAUAUACAAAUAUAAUAUGAUUAUUAUUUUUGACUUACUGGUAUUAGAACUAUUAUAUGAAAAUGCAUAUGAUAUAUAUCAAAUAAUAAACAGACUUCUUUAUCUAAAAGUGCAUUGUUUAUUCAAGUUUUAUUCCAGAGCGUUGAAAUGACUUGAAGGUGACUCCAUACUGACCUUUGAUCCUGCAGCUAAAGGUCACAUCGGACAUGUUGUGAAGCCAAUUAUAAGGUUCGAAACAAAUCUAUAAGUCUCAUGAAGCAGCAGGGACAAAAACAAGUUGCUGGAAGAUAACAGUAAAAUGA